CAGGACAUUCCUCCAGACCUUCAGACACUCAGGUGAGAGCCACAGAUCUCUGCAGCCUCCACAACCACAGACACCAUGACAGAUGCGAGUUUUCAGCAGGAGUUCCUGGAGACCCACAACACCUACAGGGCGAAGCACAGCACCCCUGCCCUGACCCUGAGCAGAGAGCUGACGGCUGCAGCUCAGAAAUGGGCCGAUCACCUGCUGGCAGCUGGAACCCUGCAGCACAGCACGAAAGGAGAGAACAUCUUCACCAUGUCCAGCUCAGCUACCAUCACACUGACAGGGAAAGAAGCUGUGGAUUCAUGGUACAGUGAGAUCAAGGAUUAUAACUGGGACCAGCCUGGAUACAGUAGAGAAACUGGUCACUUCACUCAGGUGGUGUGGAAAGACAGCACUGAACUGGGCGUGGGCAUGGCCACUGAUGGCAAAACGGCCUUUGUCGUCGGGCAGUAUCGGCCUGUUGGCAACAUGAACAUGGCAGGAUACUUUGAGAAAAACGUCCUCAAACUAGCAUAAAGGCUGUGAAUUUUACAUCUGGACGAACAGAUAACACAUCUGGAGAGGGAGCUGGAGCAAGCCUGAGGAAAACCUGCGCACUGCUGUAGAUGACCCGGACCAUCCCGGCAGCCCCCAACUUACUACUUACUUUUUAUUUUACAUGUACUUUUCAUGAAGUUUUUGACAUGUCCACACUGGUCCACUCAUGUAGGGGGUGUAAGAAAAAUAAAGAUAUACUCAAAUAA